AUGAUUCCGAUCAUCCUCAGCUUUCCAACAUCAAAAUCCAUCACCAUCCUUCCCCUUGUCACUCUCACCACCACCACCACUCUCACUCCUCCUCCACCACAAUCCAAACUCCCACAGCCGGAGCUUGCCGUAAGAUCGGAGUCGCCAUCCAUCUCUCCUCAGAGAGCGCUUUCGCCAUCCGCUGGAGAAGAACAAAUGUGUCUCCUUGACAGAUGUAGUAAUCUAUGA